CCCGAAUGGCACAGCCGGCUGCCGGCAUAGCGAACACACCAACACGAGAUCGUGGAAGAACCAAGUUCCAAGCCGACCUUCCGAGCACCAUAUCGGCUCAGCCCCACGGAGCUAGCCGACAUGAAGAAACAGAUCGAGUAUCUCCUCGCAAAAGGACUCAUCCGACCACUUCACCAUACGGUGCCCCAGUACUCUUCACACCAAAACCAGACGGAAGCGUGCGCAUGUGCAUCGAUUACCGAGCUCUCAACAAGCAGACCAUCAAGAACAAAUACCCAAUACCACAAAUCGAUGACCUACUUGACCAGCUUCGGGGAGCCACGGUAUUUUCCAAAGUGGAUCUGCGGUCCGGAUACUGGCAAAUACGAAUGGCAGAAAUUUCCAUCCACAAAACUACUUUCCGCACUCGGUACGGGUCGUACGAGUAUCUGGUAAUGCCGUUCGGACUCACCAACGCACCGGCAACGUUCCAAGCUGAAAUGAACCAUAUUCUAUGCCCACUCUUGGACGAAUGCGUGGUGGUGUACCUGGUCGACAUCCUCAUCUACUCGCACAACAUACAGCAGCACGUCCAACACCUGCGACGUGCCUUCGACAUUCUUCGACGAGAACGAUUCUACGUCAAGUUAUCCAAGAGCAAAUUCGCCCUUGAGAAAGUCCAAUUCCUAGGACACAUGGUGAGCGCUCAUGGAGUUUACGUCGACCCCAAGAAUAUCGAAGCCGUACGCACGUGGAAGACACCCGAGAACGUGAAGGAGUUGCAGCAGUUCCUAGGCUUCGCUAACUAUUACAACAGGUUCGUGCCACAGUACGCGAAAAUCGCAACACCACUCACGAAUCUGCUGAAGAAGAACAUGCCCUAUAAGUGGGAACCAAAACAUCAGGAAGCCGUGGAGCAGCUGAAACAAGCACUCACGUCCACACCCGUACUCAUCUUGCCAGACCCCGAACGCGACUACGUCAUCGAAGCUGAUGCUAGUGACCAGGCAGCGGGAGCAGUCUUGAUGCAAGUCCAGGGGAAUGGACUGCAACCAAUCGCCUACAUCAGCAAGAAACUACACGGGGCAGAACUAAACUACCUGAUACACGACAAAGAGGCCCUUGCUCUUAUCAUCGCCUUCAAGACGUAGAGAUGUUAUCUCGAAGGACGAAAAC